AUGGUGGCCGAAUUGAUAAAUGGCGUAGAGAUUUCGAAGCUCGUACUGAGUGAAGUUGCUAAGAAACUAAUGCUAACGAAGAGUGAAAACCCAGGCUUUAACGUUGUGCUAGCUAUUGUUCAGGUUGGAAACCGAUCGGAUUCGAAUGUGUACAUAGGCGCCAAGAUUAAAAAAGCUAAGGAAAUCGGUGCUGAGGGAAGGCUUAUUAAGUUACCCGAUACGACCACUCAAUCAGAGCUUGAAGCGGAGAUAUAUAAGCUGAACGUGGAUGACGACAUCGAUGGAAUCAUCGUGCAGCUACCACUGGACUGUAAGAACACCAUUGACGUUGAUGGAGUUGUGGACAAGAUACAUCCGCUGAAGGUAAGUGAUUGGAUUAAACCCGGUGCAGUGGUGAUCGACUGUGGCAUCAACGUGGAAGAGGCAACACAACCUGGAAAGAAAAACAGACUGUUCGGAGAUGUAGAUUUUGAGGAGGCAAAAGAGGUUGCCGGUUAUAUCACACCGGUUCCUGGUGGUGUUGGUCCUAUGACGGUUGCCAUGUUGAUUAAGAAUACUUUCGAGCAAGCAGGUGACAGUGGCUCUUGGAACAUACAGUAUCUCAAUCCGAGCUUCAUUGUACCCACUCCUUCGGAUAUAGCAAUCUCACGUAGUCAGACUCCCAAGGAUAUUGAGCAGCUUGCCAGAGAAAUCGGAAUAUUGCCGGAAGAACUAGAUCCAUACGGCAGAAAGAAGGCAAAAGUAUCUCUAGAUGUUCUAAAAAGGUUGCAACAUGUAAAAGAUGGAAAAUACGUUGUUGUCACAGCAAUCACACCGACUCCAUUAGGAGAAGGAAAAUCUACAACUACCAUUGGACUUGUUCAAUCACUUGGAGCGCACCUACACAAGAAUGUUUUCGCUUGUAUUCGUCAGCCAUCACAGGGUCCGACAUUUGGAAUUAAAGGUGGUGCCGCAGGUGGAGGGUACUCUCAGGUGAUUCCUAUGGAAGAAUUCAAUCUUCACCUAACUGGUGACAUACAUGCUGUUACUGCAGCCAAUAACCUACUAGCAGCUGCCAUUGAUGCGAGAAUGUUCCAUGAAUCUACACAGAGUGAUUAUGCUUUAUUCAACCGGUUGUGCCCGAUGAAUAAGAAAGGCGAACGUCCUCUGUCAGCAGUGCAGAAACGACGUCUCGUUCGUCUCCAGCUGCCUAACGUCGAUGAUGCGAAUUUGUUGAGUGACGAUCAGCGGGUGCAAUUUAGCCGUUUGAACAUUAACGCCGACACAAUCACAUGGAAUCGCGUGGUCGAUACCAAUGAUCGUUUCCUUCGAGAGAUCGAAAUUGGGUUGGCAUCUAGCGAAAAGGGUCAUACAAGAAGGACUCAGUUCGACAUAACUGCAGCAAGUGAGAUAAUGGCAAUUCUGGCGCUCACUACAUCUCUCGAAGACAUGCGUGAACGAUUCAGCAAACUAGUAGUUGCUUCAGACAUGUGUGGAAAGCCGGUGACAGCCGAUGAUAUUGGAGUGACGGAUGCGUUAACAGUACUUAUGCGGGAUACGGUGCGUCCAAAUUUGAUGCAGACUCUGGAAGGAACCCCUGUAUUUGUACAUGCUGGGCCAUUUGCGAAUAUUGCCCAUGGGCAAAGUAGUAUCCUUGCGGAUAAGGUUGCACUGAAGCUUGUGGGUGAAAAUGGGUUCGUUAUUACAGAAGCUGGUUUCGGAGCGGAUAUUGGUAUGGAGAAAUUCUUCAACAUUAAGUGUAGAGAAAUUCUGACAGGCGAAUUCAGGUGUUCUGGAUUGCAUCCAUCGGCAGUAGUGCUUGUUGCAACGGUACGUGCGUUAAAAAUGCACGGUGGUGGUCCGUCUGUUGUGGCUGGAAAUCCUUUGAAGCAUGAAUAUCUUGAAGAAAAUCUUGAUCUUGUACAUGGAGGCUGUUCUACAAAUUUGAAGAAACAGAUUGAGAAUGCGAACAAGUUUGGAGUUCCAGUUUUGGUUUGCGUUAACAGAUUUGCCACUGAUACAAGCAAGGAGCUGGGAUUGGUAGUUGACAAGGCCAUUUCUUAUGGUGCUAGACGAGCUGUGGUUUCGAACCACUGGUCAUCAGGAGGAGUCGGUGCGAUCCAGCUUGCUCAGGCGCUGAUAGAUGUAACAUCCGGACCCAGACCAAGUUUUAAAUUUUUAUAUCCUCUGAGCACCCCUCUCGAAGAGAAAAUGGCUACAAUCGCGCGUGAGAUCUAUGGUGCCGAUGGAAUAGAGCUAUCAAAUGAAGCUCGGAAGGAACUAAAUUACUAUAUUGAACAUGGGUACUCCGAUUUGCCAGUAUGUAUGGCGAAAACACAGUUAUCACUUUCGCAUGAUCCCACAAGAAAGGGAGCUCCUACAAACUUCAUUCUCCCAAUCCGUGGUGUUCGUGCAUCCAUUGGAGCAGGAUUUAUAACACCCCUUGUAGGUGAAAUCACUACCAUGCCAGGUCUUAACACCCGCCCCUGCUUUUUCGAUAUUACAAUUGACCCGAAUACGGAAUUCAUUGAUGGACUGUUUUAA